AUGCCCUCCGACUCCUUGGAGCGCCCGAGGAAAGUCAGACGGCAAGAAAAGCCUCCGCAAGCAAAAGGCUCCAUGCCGAGGCAAGACGCCAGGUCGACCUCAGCGCGAGCGCAGAGCCAAAGCCAGGCCAGAGACUCGUCCGUUGCCCCCAAGAGAAAGGCGCUCAAGUUGAGUUCAAGGCCAGCCACAGGCCCAGUCACUCGAUCUGCAGCGUCGCAGAAGGCGCAGCAGUUGCGGGUGGCCUGCAAGGGCACCAACGUCCGGGCCAUUCAAUUGGCCCUGCAAGACUGUGAACAGACGUGCCGGCUGGGCCUGCUGAAAGAGGAGAAAUGUGCAGCCGAAAGGCGCAUCCAGAUGUUGCAAGCGGAGCAGGCGAAGGCUCGCGCCGCGGCACAGGGUGGCCUUGUGGCGAUCAUGGAGCAGCAGCGGGCGGAGCCAGGCACCCAGCCUGGAUGUGGCAAGAAGUCCGGCGUGCAGGAGGCCCAGACCACGAGCACCACUAGCCUGCAAGUGCUGCAGCCAGUGGCGGUGGGGAGCUCCUUGGAGCCUGGCCUUGUGGGGGAGCUCUUCGACUUCAACACGAAGACCUCGACGGUGGCAGUCAUCGACCACACGUUGCACCACUGGGGGGACAUUUACUCAUCGCUGGCUAUGAAGUGGAAAGGCCUUCUUUUCAUUCGCCAGCCGGGCCAGUACGCCUUCCAAAUCACUUGCUUGGGCGCUGCUGAGCUGAGGAGAUCGAUGGCAUUAAUAUCAUCAAGGAGGACACAUUGGGGAGACUGA